UCUUAAAGCUAUAUAUCCGAAAAACACUCCUCCAUCUUCUUCAUCCUUUGCAAAACAUGGCUUCUUCUCUCCGUUCAUUUGCAGAUGCCCUUCUCUUUGUGAUACUGUUCAUGGCCACUGAGGUGGGAAGAAACACAAUAAUGGUGACGGAGGCGAGGAAUUGCGAGUCGCCGAGCGGGCAAUUCAAGGGGCCAUGUACUAGUGACAAAAACUGCGCAACGGUUUGCUUGUCGGAGGGGUUCCCCCACGGCGACUGCAAAGGGGUUUUGCGCAAAUGCGUCUGCAUUAAGCCUUGCUAAUUCGAUCAUCUAUCUACCUAUAUAGCUAGGCAGAUGCUGUGUGUGUAUGGCUAAAUAAAUGUUACAAAUCCAACCAUGCAAUGGAUCAGUCUUGUCUUUGCUCUUUGGCAAAGCCAGAAUCCAAAUUCAGUUGGGUCAAUAUACUAAAUUCCAUAUAUAAAAAUAUGAAUGUAAUAAGUUAUAUUUAUAUAUAAAUGUUUUAGUUUUA